GGCUUCAGGACGGCGCCCUGUUUGGUAAUGAGAGGAAUGUAAACAGGCCUCUGCUGAGCUCCUGUCCGCCCAAUUAGACGCUCAUUAAGGCAGAAAAUGGGAAAAGGCUAGCCCUGGGCUGGAGUCCAGUCUUUCUGCUGGACGUGCUGUGGGCCUCUCACGCUUUGAUACUGAAAUAAUUGACGUUUUUAAUUAACUUUUUUGAUAUUAGUGCUUACUCACACCCCCCCUCCUUCUCGAACCAUCACUCCUCCCUAAGUGUUCCUUUCCUGCCCCCCCUAAAGCUGACCACUCCCCUCCACAAUCCUCUGCUGCACUGCAACCUUUGACCUUACACUGUCUCACUGACUAAUGUUGUUUUUCUCUCCUUUUCUCUUUUUCCUGGACACUCUUUUGUUUUUGUCCUGUACUGUUAAUUUCUUUUUUCUGUCAUGCACAUGCUUUUCCUUCUUUUUAUUCUCACGCUCUCCUUUCUUUUUCGUUCUUUUGCUUCCGUUUGCUCACCCCUUGCAUGGCCUUAUGUGGGUUGUCAUGGUAACCACCCACUAUUACACAUGUACAGUCUCUCUUCAUGUUCCCGUUUUCUCCUUCGUCGUCUUCCCUCUCCUCGCUUCCCCCGACCCUGGACACCAUCUCCGAACUGGACAUCCUGUCUGAUAUCUCCGAGGACGACCCUGACAUUCCGUUCGACCCCUCUGACCCCUCUGCCUGGGCAGCCGGUGACCACGGUAACCCUGGAAACCCCGGAAAUCCCAGUGACCCAGGAAUCUCUGCCGACUACGCCACUUUAGCGAGCGACAGUGUGUCCGCUCCAGCAGAGGGCGCUGUUUCUGACCCCACUGAGCUCCACCCCACCCCAGGCUCCCCUGGAGCUUUCCCCAGGUUAGGUUCCGCCCUCCUGUCCUUGCUUAAGGGUCUACGGCUGCCAACUCUGCUGGACGAAGACGGCUACAUCAGCCUGCCGUGCCUGCCAGAGGAGUGCAGCGCCCUGCUGCCUGAACGAGUGCAGCGCUACCUGCCCCUCUCCUCACCCUCCCUGCUGCCCUCAUUCCUCCUCAUCUUUGCAGUCUUCCUCUCCGCCUGCCACUCGGUGGUGCUCUCGCUGGCCCUGGCGCUGCCGCUGGCCAUCUCACUGUGUUACCUGGAGCCCAAAGCCCACACCCGCUUCUGGCCUGCCGAGGUUACCGUAGAGAUGACCUCUCAGGAGGAGACGUGUGACCCUGCUGCCUAGAAAUACCCCUGACGUUUGCUCCCCAACCUUACCUUUCCGUAGCGCUUAAUUUGUGCCUGAGCUGGCCAGAGCUCUACUGCGAUUUUGAGCCAUGAAUUUUGAAAUCACUAAAUUUCACCACUUGUUGCGAUUUAACAGAUAAAACGAAAGUUCGUAAAACAGAUGUGGUAACCAGACAGUCGGGGUAGCUACUUAUUUUUGUGCCAGCUCUUUUGAGCCACCACUCAAAUUUACAUACGGUACGUGCAAACAAAUGAAUUGAUCUAACAGUUUGUAGACAUCUGUGUGAGCUUCGUAACACUAGCCGGAUGAACCGUCCCGCCUAGUCCAAUUUUUGAUUCGCUGAUGUGCAUAAGACACACCAAAAACCAUGACACGUUUAAUAGCAUGCAUAAAUCGAUAUAGACACAGAGUCCGGUCGUACAUUUGUAUUUUUAUAGGCAUCACAGCCACACAGUGCACUCCUAAAGUAUAUUAAGGUUAGUAAAACCAAUACAGAAUCACACCAGACUGACGUUUACCUCAAUAUGACUUUUUAAUAUUAUUAUU